AUGGGUGUAAAUGCAGCUACGAUAGACUUGUCUCGCAAGAGCCUUGCCCAAAACAGAACAAAGAAGAUCUUGGAGGCCGCAGAGAAGGGAGGAUAUGGGGUCAUCGCAUCGAUCGUGCGUUCGCCGCUCAUCAUUCAAGUGUUCCCGUGGGCCAUCACAGCUUCCGAUGGACUUCUUGUCCGAGCGGCAGCGGAUGCAGCGGCAAGAGCAUCAGUUCCCAUUGCGAUCCAUCUUGAUCAUGCCCAGGACGAAGCAUUGAUCCGUCACGCGGCCGACAACCUGCCAUUCGACUCUAUCAUGGUGGACAUGUCACAUUACGAGAAAGAAGAGAACCUUGCAAAGACCAAGGAACUUGUUGCGUACUGCCAUGCCCGAGGCAUCUCCACUGAAGCCGAGCCAGGCCGUCUUGAAGGAGGUGAAGAUGGCGUUGCAGAUACAGUGGACUUAGAGGGAGUCUUGACUACACCAGAGGACGUAGAAGAGUUCAUCGCGACAGGUGUUGACUUUUUGGCCCCAGCCUUUGGUAACAUCCAUGGAGAAUCACCUUAUGGAAAGUCUGGUCCGCAGCUCGACUAUGCAAGACUGGAGGCGAUCAAAAAGCAAGCGGAUGGGCGGGUACGAAUUGUGGCUCACGGCACCAACGAAUGGCCGGACGAAGUCACUCAGCGUGUGAUCCAGGCUGGUGUCAGCAAGAUCAACGUCAACAGACUGGUGCUAGAUGACUAUCUGAAACACUUCAGAGCGAAUGCAGCCAAGAUACCCCUUACUAAAUUGAUCGACGAAGGCAUACAACAUACAAUGCGACAGCAAGAAGAACAGAUGGAUGUUGCAGGAUCGAGCGGUCAAGCAAUUUCAUAA